AUGAGCGGAAUCGCGAGCACAAUAGAGCGAGAGGAUGCGAUUAUGGAGGUACCCUGCCCCAACAUCAUCGAAGGCCCCACUCCCCAUCGCUUGAUGGGCGCCAUGGAGAGCAAUGGUCACCAACCGCACUCGAGCAGCAAUGCCCCAUCCCUGGCCGAAUGGGGAGGAGAGCACGAUGAUCUUGCGUUCCGCGAAGUACAAGUUGCUGUACCAUGCACCUUGGAUGGUCUCACGGGACGCCGCUGCGUUGGGCCCAAAGACGACCGCAUGUCGUCGAGUUCGACCGUUGAGGAUUGGACCACAUUCGAGAUGCCAGGGAGCAUUGGGACCGGGGACAACGGACGGAAUGAAGCUAUGGCUCAGGACUCCGACAGCGGCGACGACGAGAACGAGUUGGAAGAGCCGGAGAGGCUUUUUGGCACAACCGCGGUCGAGCCUGAGCCCAUUGUGCGGGGCUGUUUCUUCGCCAUGUGCGUUCAGGACUGGUGCACGACCACAUUUAUGAUCCAGUUCUCGAACGGCGUCGUGCCAUCAGCAUUUGCCCCAACCGUGGACACGUACGAGAACGCAAUCGCGAUCACGCUCUGCUCCACGUGCGCGGCUAAGCACAAGAUGCCGUCCAGCUUCGAGCAGACGAAGUUCGAGACAGAACUGGGCUCGUUCCUGACCAAGAGGAUUAGCGCCACGCUGGGAAAGAUAUCGGACGUGCGCUGGGUUGCGGAAAGGAUCGUGGGUGCGCCCGUGAGCCUCAUAAAAUCUGGGGACCGGCUCAGAUUCAUACCCAGAGGCGACAUCAUGUCUCAUACGACGACCUGGGACAGUGUGAGGAGCGUUGACCUGCUCGUGGCCAAGACAGGGGAAAGAUAUCGCAUGUUGUUUGACUUCCUGCUCGGUGGCACCAUCUAG